GCCCGUGGCGGAGCUCGGAGCACUACCGGUGAGCCGGAGAGCAACGGUCGCAGGGCAAAAUUCUAACUUGGUUAACUCUCGCUCGGGGAGUGGCGACAAAACCCACCACCUCGUUGGCUCCAACCUCAAGCUUUACUGCUUUGGCUCGAGACAGGCCCUGGUGCUCCACACAAAUCCCGUAUCAGUUUAGUCCCCUUAGCUCGCUCCGGGAAACGAGGAAGAGUGGGUGGAUGGAUGGAUGAGGCAUCGGGAACUGCGAGACGGGCAUCAGAAGAAGGCGCAGGAGGAGAAGAAGGGGAAUGAGAAGAGAAACUCCCGUGUUUCUAUCUCAAAACGAAGGAAAACCGUCUUGGCUCGUGAAAGGGAAUAGACUGAGUGGAAUAGCAUGCAGACACCCAAGCUCAGCGGGAGCGGGUCAUCAGAAGUUCCUCAAAGAACUUCUCCAGCCACUCCUAGAUCAACUUGUGCAACCAAGGCAGGAGGACAUGAAUCCAACUCUUCUGCUUCUGCUUGCACUCCUACAAAGCCCCCAACUGAAAGAAGUCUUAAAGUUGCAGAGCACUGGUCACCCAGGACUCCCGUAGCUGAGAAGAAGCGUCUGAGUAGGAUAUCUGAGCUGGAGUUUCAAAUUGCUCAGCUCCAAGAGGAUCUGAAAAAGACAAGGGAUCGGCUAAGUUCAUCUGAAGAAGUGAAGAGACAAGCCAAGCGGGAUGCAGAAGAAGCCAACAAACAGAUACAAGACAUAUCCGCAAAGCUUGAGGAUUCCCAACGCCAGCUUGUUGAGUUCUCCACAGCAGAAGAAACUCGGCUCCAGGAACUACGGGAAAUUUCUCAGGAGCGCGAUUGUGCAUGGCUGUCUGAACUUGAAGCCAUCAAGAAGCAGCACUCUGUUGACUCUGCAGCUUUAACCUCUGCCAUGAGCGAAUCCAGAGGUUGAAACAGCAGCUUGAAAUGGCUAUUAAAUCUGAGGCUGUCCAAGCAAAGCAAUCUGCAGAAGCUCAUGGUAAGCUUCUGGCCUUGAAGCAAGACAUGGCAGAAACAGUUGCUACCCUUGAGAACCUGAAGAUUCAGCUUAGUAAUACUGAGAAGACAGAGGCUGAAGCGCAAGCAAUGGUCAGUGAGGCUCAACAGCAACUGGAAAUGGCUAAGAUGGACGUUGAGACUCUUAAUUGUGAAAGAAUGAAACUUGGAGAAUAUCUGAGCUCUGUGAUAUUUGAGCUUGAAGAAUCCAGAUCUCAAGUUAAUUCACUGGAGGAAAUUGUGAAAAAUUUGCAGGCUGAUAAGCUUGCUGGGGAAGUUGAUCGCAAUGAACUUGUUGGCAAAUCUGGGGGUGGUUGUUGGGAGUCAGAAGUAGAAAAAUUGAGUUCUGCACUCGAAGCAGCUGAGAUCAAGUACCAAGAAGAACGUAUUCAAAAUACAGUGCAGAUGCAGUCUGCUUAUGAACAGUUGGAGCGCAUGAAGACUGAUUGUGGACUGAGAGAAGCUGACCAAGAACUGGUGCUGAAGAACUUGAAGACAAAGAUUGCUGAGUUGAAUGGAGCUCUUGUUGACAAGGAAUCUGGACUUCAGAAAUUAGCAACCAUGAACAAGGAACUGAAUGCAGAAAUAGAGAAGGCUCAGGUAAGACAAAUGGAUUCAGAGUUGGAAGCAAAGUUAAUGAAGUCAAUUACUGACAUCGCUGAGUUGAAGGCAGACCUCAUGGAUAAGGAGACAGAGCUGCAGGGUAUUUCGGCGGAGAAUGAGAUCCUGAAAUCCGAAAUGGAAAAGAAAGAGGCAGAGAGCCAUAAGAGUUAUGAAGCAGUUACUGCUGCGCUUGAGUCAGCCAAAGCUGCAGAGCAGGAGGCGACAAUGAGGCUUGGAUAUGUUACCGAGGAGGCUGUCAGAAACGGUAGGAGAGCGGCAAGGGUGGCCGAUCAGCUGGAAGCAGCUCGAGCAGUGAAUUCAGAAAUGGAGGCUGAACUGAGGAGGCUGAGAGUGCAGUCCCAUCAGUGGAAGAAGGCAGCUGAAGCAGCGGCAGCUGUUCUUACUACUGGCAACCAGGGGAGGUUCAUGGAGAGCAGAGGCCCAUUGGACUCCGGGAACAAUACUGCUGCUGGGAAGCUGAACUCCCCGUUUUCUGAUGGCUCGGAUGAGGAAUCACCAAAGAAGGAGAAAAAUAUGCUGAGGAAGAUUGGUGGGUUGUGGAAGAAAAGCCCAAAGUGAAAUGCUUACUGUCUACGCAUUGGCACGUAAAUUACUUCCAUUUGGUUCUUAUGGCUGUUGUUACAAUGAUCAGUUGUUUCAUUGUGCUUUCUUUUUUGUCCUUUGCGACCUGGCAAUCGUGGAGAAGUGAUGCUGAGGAAAAGUUCACUGCUAAUAAUGGAUGGAUGAUACAAAAAGCUUAGGUGAUAAAACUGCUGGCGGAAACUCUUAUUCCUCCAAUUUACCUUCCGAAAAA